CAACUUUUAAAAAUACCCUGGGGUUAUACUAGUUCAAAUUAUUUUAUCCUGUAUCCAAAAAUUCUAUAUUCUAUGCAAUGUCUGUGGUCUAUAAAUAAACUAGUAACAGCUGUCUCGAUGCAAUGUUAGUCUCAGCUGAACUAUUGAGAAGUACACGACUGCGCAUUUUACGAAGUAAGAAAAUUUAGAAAUUCAGAAGUUUUUCCGUUUUAUUGAUUUACAAAUUAUGAAUGAGUUAAUUGAGAUCGUGGAGACUGAAGAACGUAGUGAAAAAAAUACAGAUGAGCUCACUAAGAAAGCUCCUUAUCAUGAGACUUUGCAAAAUUUUAGUCAUCUUUUUUGGCUCAUAGUCUUCUAUUUGGUGGAAGGAUGUCAGAUGUAUUGGAAAUCCUAUCGGAUAAGAAAUUAUGAAGGCGCUUAUUUUAGUUUUGGAUUGACGAUAGGUGUGCUUAUAUUUAUUUCUCUACUGCUACUCACAUUCCGUCAAUGUCGCAAAAUAAUAGACUGGAAAUAUAGAAGUAAAAUUUUCCCUCCAUUCGGCACAGAGGAAAUAAUCAUGGCUGUAUUGUCACUUGUAACUUUGUACGCAUCUCACUUCACGUCCGAAGAGGAUUUAAUAAAGAUAUGUGGAUGGAAAUGCCCAUUACGGUCAUUACUAUCAGGCAUGACAAUUGGAUUUUGCUUUGGAUGGGCGUCUAAUUUGUGUAUGAAUUUUGUGGGAUCUACGCUGAAAAGAAAAUAUUUUUCCUCCUGGUAUCCAAAGUAUUAUACUUUAAGUUUUCCUAUAGUAUGUAAACGUAUUUCCACUGCAAGAAACCUCGUAUGAUUCCCACAGCGAUACCGAGUGAUAUACUUAUCGCUAUGAAAUAGUGUACAUGCACUAUUUUUCAGUGGUUUUCACAAUUUCAGAUUUAGAGAGUAGGUUGUAAAUAUAACAAUGAGUAAUAAAGUUUCAAAAACUGGUAAUCAGUAUCUAUCAUCAUCUAAAAAAUUUU